UGGCAGCGAGACGGAGUGGAGUGUUCGUGUGUCAUCCGCGUUAAUUAUUUUCUUAAUUCAAACGAAACUCAUUCGAAGUGGGCGUGAUCUGCAGGAGACGCAGUGCAACAGAGGCGUCACUAUAAAUUAAUUGAAACCGAUUAGAAACAAACGCGAAAAGUGUUGGAGUAUAAUUCCGGACUCCGCGGAGGCGUUGCAAUAAAUCAUCAGCUUUUCACGGUGGUUUUUACAACUGAAAAGUGCAUUUAGUGAAAGAUUUUUCGGAAAUCGGAUUUAAAUGUGUUUCUAAGUCGAUUCCGCGGAAGUUUUGAUCAACAGUCUCCAAGAUGAGGCCGCCCAGGAGCAAUACGAAAACAGCAUUUUCUUCGCUUCAGUUUGGAUUAUUAUGCCUCCUAUUGCUGGCCAAUAAUGGCAUUAUAUCGGUGCAAGCAGAUGCCUUAACUGACUAUUUCUCCGACUAUGAGUGUAACCAGCCGCUCCUGGAAAGAGCUGUCCUCACGGCAACAUCAUCCUUAACACAAAGAGGUCCCGACAAAGCACGUUUAAACGGUAACGCUGCUUGGACACCGGUCGAGAAUACCUAUAACCACUUUCUAACACUCGACCUGGGGGAUCCCCGCAUGGUGCGCAAGAUCGCCACCAUGGGACGCAUGCACACGGAUGAGUUUGUGACGGAGUACAUUGUCCAGUACUCGGAUGAUGGCGAGUUCUGGCGCUCGUACGUGAAUCCGACAAGCGAGCCGCAGAUGUUCAAGGGAAACUCUGAUGGGGACUCUAUUCACUACAACGUCUUUGAGGUACCGAUUAUCGCACAGUGGGUUAGGAUUAAUCCCACCCGGUGGCACGAUCGAAUUUCCAUGCGAGUUGAACUCUACGGCUGCGACUACAUCUCUGAGAACCUGUACUUCAAUGGCACUGGUUUGGUGCGUUACGAUCUGAAACGGGAGCCCAUUGCGUCGUUGAAGGAGUCGAUACGAUUCCGCUUCAAAACAGCCUUUGCCAAUGGAGUGUUGAUGUAUUCGCGUGGCACCCAGGGCGAUUACUAUGCCCUGCAGCUGAAGGACAACAAGAUGGUGCUGAAUCUGGAUUUGGGAUGGCGGGUAAUGACGUCCUUGUCGGUGGGCAGUCUGUUGGAUGACAAUGUGUGGCAUGACGUGGUGAUAUCACGGAACCAGCGGGACAUAAUCUUCUCGGUCGAUCGUGUUAUCGUACGGGGACGCAUCAAGGGCGAGUUCAAUAGGCUGAAUCUUAAUCGGGAGCUGUAUCUUGGUGGUGUGCCCAAUGUUCAGGAGGGUUUAAUUGUCCAGCAGAAUUUUUCCGGAUGUCUGGAGAACAUCUACUUCAAUUCAACCAACUUCAUUCGAGGAAUGAAGGACAGCUACGAACUGGGAGAGGCAUAUCUUUUCCAGAAGGUGAACACUAUCUAUGCGUGCCCUUCGCCUCCAAUUUAUCCGGUUACAUUCACCACCCGCUCAUCGUUCGUUCGUCUGAAGGGCUAUGAAAACUCCCAACGUCUAAAUGUAUCGUUCUAUUUCCGAACGUACGAGGAAACUGGAGUAAUGCUGCACCAUGACUUCUAUUCCGGUGGUUACAUAAAGGUCUUCCUGGAGUUUGGCAAAGUAAAGAUUGAUCUGCAGGCCAAAGGAGCAGCGCGUAUUAUCCUGGACAACUACGACGAUCAGUUUAAUGAUGGCAAGUGGCAUUCAUUCGUGAUCUCUAUCGACCGGAAUCGUUUGGUUCUGAACAUUGACCAGCGACCGAUGACCACAACAAAGAGCCUGCAGAUUGCCACAGGAGCACAAUACUACAUAGCUGGUGGAAAGGGCAAAGACGGAUUUGUUGGAUGUAUGCGGUUAAUUUCGGUGGACGGAAACUACAAAUUACCUCAGGACUGGGUGAAGGGCGAGGAGGUUUGCUGCGACGAUGAAGUCGUCGUGGAUGCCUGCCAGAUGAUCGAUCGCUGCAACCCAAAUCCCUGCCAGCACAAGGGCCUUUGUCACCAGAACUCCAGGGAGUUCUUCUGUGACUGCGCACACACAGGCUAUGCCGGCGCAGUUUGUCAUACAUCCAACAAUCCAUUAUCCUGCCUGGCUCUAAAGAAUGUGCAGCAUGUACAACAGCGUGUCAACCUGAACCUCGAUGUCGAUGGCAGUGGUCCUCUAGAGCCUUUCCCAGUCACCUGCGAAUUCUACUCGGAUGGACGUGUGAUCACCACCCUCAGUCACAGCCAAGAGCACACCACAACUGUUGAUGGUUUCCAGGAGCCGGGUUCUUUUGAACAGUCCAUUAUGUACGAUGCCAAUCAACUGCAAAUCGAAGCUCUGCUAAAUCGCUCUCAUAGCUGCUGGCAGCGCCUUAGCUACUCCUGCCGGUCCUCCCGACUCUUCAACUCGCCAUCUGAAGCAGGAAACUUCCGUCCGUUUUCCUGGUGGAUCUCUCGCCACAAUCAACCCAUGGACUAUUGGGCUGGAGCUCUUCCUGGUUCUCGUAAGUGCGAGUGUGGAAUACUGGGCAAGUGCCAUGAUCCCACAAAGUGGUGCAACUGCGAUACGAACAGCCUGGAAUGGAUGGAGGACGGUGGCGAUAUCCGGGAGAAGGAGUACCUUCCUGUGCGGGCUGUGAAAUUUGGUGAUACAGGAACUCCGUUGGACGAGAAAAUGGGUCGCUAUACCUUGGGACCACUGCGCUGCGAGGGUGAUGAUCUGUUCAGCAAUGUGGUGACCUUCCGCAUUGCCGAUGCCUCCAUCAACUUGCCACCAUUCGAUAUGGGUCACUCUGGAGAUAUUUACCUGGAAUUCCGCACAACUCAGGAGAACUCUGUGUUGUUCCAUGCCACUGGACCCACGGAUUACAUAAAGCUAAGUUUAAUUGGCGGUAACAAGCUGCAAUUCCAGUAUCAGGCGGGCAGUGGUCCACUGGGCGUGAAUGUAGGCACCAGCUAUCACCUGAACGACAACAACUGGCACACAGUGAGUGUGGAGCGUAACAGGAAGGAGGCUCGUCUGGUGGUGGAUGGUUCUAUCAAGGCCGAGGUCCGAGAGCCGCCAGGUCCAGUGCGUGCUCUUCAUUUAACCUCGGAUCUGGUGAUUGGAGCCACAACAGAGUACCGUGAUGGUUUUGUGGGCUGUAUUCGAGCUUUGUUGCUUAACGGAAAGAUGGUUGACCUGAAGGAUUACUCGAAGCGUGGAUUAUACGGCAUCAGCACCGGAUGUGUUGGCCGCUGUGAGUCAAGUCCUUGCCUUAAUAAUGGAACCUGCAUUGAGCGAUACGAUGGCUACAGCUGUGACUGCCGUUGGAGCGCGUUCAAGGGACCCAUUUGCGCAGAUGAGAUUGGUGUCAACUUACGUUCCAGUUCGAUUAUUCGCUACGAGUUCGAGGGCUCCUUCCGCUCGUCGAUUGCCGAGAACAUUCGUGUCGGAUUCACAACCACCAUUCCCAAGGGUUUCCUGCUUGGCUUCUCUUCUAACUUAACUGGCGAAUAUCUGACCAUACAGAUAUCGAAUUCUGGUCAUUUGCGUUGCGUAUUUGACUUUGGCUUUGAGCGACAGGAAAUCAUAUUCCCCAAAAAACAUUUUGGGCUUGGUCAGUACCACGACAUGCACUUUAUGCGUAAAAACGGUGGAUCUACAGUGGUUUUGACGGUUGACAACUAUGAGCCUGUGGAGUAUCAUUUUGAUAUAAAGGCCUCAGCAGAUGCUCAAUUCAAUAACAUUCAGUAUAUGUACAUUGGCAAAAAUGAGUCUAUGGCAGAUGGUUUCGUGGGUUGUGUUUCGCGAGUUCAGUUCGAUGAUAUCUACCCCCUGAAGCUGAUGUUCCAGCAGAAUCCACCGAAGAAUGUUAAGUCUUUGGGCACCCAAUUGACAGAAGACUUCUGCGGAGUCGAGCCAGUGACGCAUCCGCCCAUUGAAAUUGAAACUAGGCCGCCACCUUUGGUGGAUGAGGACAAGUUGCGUAAGGCAUACAAUGAAGUGAACUCUGUGCUGCUGGCAUGUCUGCUAGUAAUUCUCUUCCUACUGCUGAUCGUUAUGUUCUUCCUUAUCGGUCGCUACUUGCACCGGCACAAAGGCGACUAUUUGACGCACGAGGAUCAAGGCGCCGAUGGAGCCGACGAUCCGGAUGACGCUGUCCUGCACUCAACUACUGGCCAUCAAGUUAGGAAGCGAACAGAGAUCUUCAUUUAAACCUGUCGCAAAAGUAUGCACACAAAUCGUUUUUAAAUCGCCUUAGACACGCAAAAGCGACGAAUUAGACUCACUAAAAAAAGAUACAAACAAAAUCAAAUGAACACGGAAAAUCUCACAACAUAUUACAGACAGAGAAUCUUGUUUCACUUUUCCACGCACUGCCAAUUGUUUUGCGCAAGUGAUUGCUAACUAUUUAAUUUAAUAUUGGUUGGCUGAAUUCUCAAAGGAUUUUUUUAUUUUUUGGUUCUGUCUGACGGCAUUUCACCUUAUUUUACUUUUGAAAUCCCUCAAAAGUCAUUAAAUACCGUCCAUUUUUAGUUAAUUUUAUAAACAUAUUUUGUUUGCGAAAUUAAGUUAAAAACUUAUAUAUUUGGUUGCUACCCGCGCAGCUGAACGUAGCCAGCUAAUUAUUUGUAUUUUUUUACGAACAUUCCAUUAUUAUUAAUGUCGCUCGUUAAAUAAAAAAGUCUUCUACUUUACACACAAAAGAACACGAGAAUCAUUUUGUGGCUAAACAAACUCGGCUACUUUAGUAACAACAGAUUGUAUUUUUGGAAAAUACAUUUUGAACGUCUUGACUUGAAAUUUGCAAAUAUACAUUAGCAUGUGUAUAUAGAUAUAUAGCUAUAUAUAAAUAUAUAUAAUUACGAAAAAAGAGACAAUGAAAACAUUAAUAUUUUU